AUGAAUAGAUUUUUCUACAUUCUAACUAUACACGUGACAUUAUUCAUUUUGCUAAUCCACUUUCGUAUUUACAGGCGCAAGGUGAAGCUGGGUGUGACUUCUCCUGACGAAGUGUGGAGUGACCAUGAACCUCACUGGGUGAAAGUGGUCAACGAUUCCCUCGGCGAUUGGCCAAAUUCCGCCUCUGGUCACGACCUGCUGUGGCCACUGGACAACGUGACCAGCGGGUGUGACAGCAACGCCACGUCUUGUAAUAUCACCCAGUACUCCAUCUUUGACAGCCCUCCACCUUUCAGCCUCCCGUCCACCAUCUUCAUCGGCGUGUGUCUCACCUUUUGUAUCAUCAUAACCAUCUUCGGCAACAUCCUAGUACUGAUGGCUUUCAUAUGCGAGCGAGCCAUCAGGCAGCCCUCAAACUACUUUCUGGCUUCGUUGGCUGUUACUGAUAUCCUCAUAGGGAGUGUCUCCAUGCCCUUCUAUACAGUGUAUGUCCUCGUGGGCUACUGGGAUCUGGGACCAAUUCUUUGUGAUCUAUGGCUCUCCGUGGACUACACAGUAUGCCUCGUCUCCCAAUUCACUGUGCUUCUCAUCACCAUCGACAGGUUCUGUUCUGUCAAGAUCGCUGCGAAGUACAGGUCCUGGCGUACAAAGAAUCGUGUUAUAGUGAUGGUUCUUGUGACAUGGCUCGUUCCAGCUCUCCUCUUCUUUGUAAGUAUCUUCGGAUGGGAGCAUUUCAUUGGGUACCGCGACCUAGGACCGGGCGAGUGUAUGGUUCAAUUUCUGAAAGACCCAAUUUUUAAUACCUCUCUUAUUGUCGCCUACUACUGGAUCCCACUUAUUGCGCUCUUUGUCUUAUAUGCCGGCAUUUAUCAAACCGCCUAUGAGAUGUCAAAAAAAGCACGAGAGAAGAGAAAACAAGCUCAGGCCAUGAUGAAUCUAAAACCUUCGACAGCCCCUGCUAGUUGCAGGCCCAGCCCAGCGCCGACGCCAAGGCUUCCUCACACAACCACCAAGACCAAUACCGGGGAGAAGAGCAGGAACAACCGCAGCGACAAUGGUGAUCACUGUGACGAGGGAAAAGGGGAAGGAACUAUGACCAUGUCCAAGACUCAGAGUACCAUAAUUAGCCAAGAUAAACCAAAGUUUGAGAUACAGGUUGGCACAACUCCUCAACACAUCACGAAUGACUCUUCCUUGCAAAGGUCUUCCAAAAUAACGACCUGUGAAACAACAAGUUUCAUGGAAAAAAACGUUCUGGAAAAAGAGCUUGAAAAGUCAAGCAGCGGCAUUGAAAGCGAAGACGAGAAACGUGACAGCAACACUAACCUGUCCAAGACUGAGAAGCUGACUGUAAUACAGAAGACGCCAACGAAUGAAUCUCUGCCAAAAAUUCCUGAGAAAUGUUUGCUUGACUCUGAUAAUUCUGACCCAACUCUUGCUCAACCUGCCAUUCAUCCCUUACCGGCAAACUCAGUGGCGGCUCUCUUAGGAACUAACCAAGGAAAUAAUGAAGCUCUUCACAACGAGCUUGGUAACUCAGUGGUAUCAACGUUGGAUGACCUCCCAAUUGUACCCCCUCCUCCUCCUCGUUCCAUUGAGUCAAAUCAGCUUGCUGGACAUCCGCUAGCUGCCUCUACACCCCUCACACCAUCCGUCACAACAAUUACUGAACCUAUCGCUCCUCCUGCAAUGUUUGCUGAUCUUCCUGUGCCUCAGAGGCCAACAUCUUUGGAACUGAAACUUAGUGUAUCUGUAAGUCCUAUUUAUGAUUCAGUGAUGCUGAUGGAUACAAGUGACAUGAAGUUUAUGGAUGAAAGUUCAGUUGUUGUUCCCUCUCCUGUGGUCGAGACUCCUCCAUCCUCAACUUGGACACACCAGGACGCCUCAAUCUCGCUUGAAGAUCUUGCCAGACGCUUGGAUGCAACAACGGUCGCCUCUUCUCCUGCUAACACUGUCACGCCCACUCCAAUGCCUUCAAUUGAUGGCAAUGGUUCACUUCGUAAUGACUCCGAUUCAGCAAGAUUUACAUACAGACUCCAUCUUUCGCCAGUAAAAACUCCAUCAUCCUCAGACUCAAGCCCGCCUCUUCCUCCUCAUCCAACACCAACCAAUGAGUACUUACCACCGUCACAUCCAAUAACGAAGCCACCGGCGCCAACGCCGCCACCCAAGGACCCCCCCAGUGUAACAGCCAUCACUUUAGCUCCUCCCACAGUAUCAGUAACGCCGAGCAGUCAGCCUAACAACCUGCAAAAGUCUGGAGCCCCAUCCAACGGAGGCCCACCUAGUGCCUCACUCACCGUGACCAGCAGAGGCAGAGAAAGUAGCAUUGAACCCGACAGUUGUGCGGAACUUCCUAACGUUUCUGAGAAACCCAAGUCUAAGAAUGGGGUCUUCAAGAGCCUAGGUAAAAAGAUACGCUUCAAAAAGAAAAAGAAAGAACCAGAGGAGAAAAAAUCAAAGUCCCAAAAUCGAGCUAACAAGGCGCUGAAGACCAUUUCAGUGAUCAUGGGAGCCUUUGUGGCUUGCUGGACGCCUUAUCACAUCAUUGCUAUCAUGGAGUCAUUCUGCCUCUGUACUAAUGGCCAUGUGUACAUGUUUUUCUACUUCCUGUGCUAUGCCAACAGCCCCAUCAACCCUUUCUGCUAUGCCCUUGCCAACCAGCAGUUCAAGAAGACAUUCACAAGGCUCCUCAGGGGAGACUUUCACAUCACUUAAUGUUAUGCCUUUAGCGCAGUAUUGACGUUAUUUUGUAAAUCCUACUGUAUUAAAUGUAAACACUUAGAUUAAAGACAUUUCUUACUGUACUAAUGCAAGCUGGUUAUAAAGCGGGACCCAAACAUUGUAACCCUCCACACUAGCGUACGUUAACACUAAACCAACAGAAUCAUAACUUACGCUAUAAUAUAUUUAGCUUAUUUAAAUCAUAGCUAACCUGAAAAUAUUUCCUAAAUUGUCCUCCAUAUUGAUCUAAUUCAAAAUGAGUGAAAUGGUAAUGUAGUGUUUUUAGUUUAUUCAUCAGAUAUCAGGCAAAAAUGCCUCAUUACCGCCCAGUCGUCCUAAAUCCAAUCGAUAACUAAUUGUGAGUCUUCAGUAAGACACGCACUUUAAAAAUUCACAACCCUUUUACAAAGACGUGUGUGUGUGGUCGUGAAGUACUCGUCAUUUCUGUGCAUUGUUCCUCACACCUAAAGAUGUGCUAUCCCCGUGUAGUGCCUCCUCAUUCCUCAGGAUGAGUGCUACCUCUAAAUACCCCUAACAUCAAGCUGGGUGCUACUUUUAAGCAGUACCUCGUACUUCAAGCUGGCUGUUACUUUUGAGCAUUACCUCGUACUUCAAGCUGGGUGUUACUUCUGAGCAGUACCUACCACUUCUAGCUGGAUGUUACUUCUGAGCAGUACCUCCCACUUCAAAUUGGGUGUUACUUCUGAGCAGUACUUCCCACCUCAAGCUGAGCAAUACGUGUGUGCAAUACCCCAGCCACUUCAACCUAGGUGCUAUAUCUGAACAGUAAAUCCCACAUCAAGCUGGAUUCAGCCUCUGAACAAUACCUCCCACUUCCAGAUGUGUGCUAAUUAGCACUACCUCCCACUUCCAGAUGGAUGCUACAUCUAGCAGUACCUCCCACUCAACAAUUCAAUCUCAAAGCAGUACCUAUUAAUUCAAGAUGGGUGCUCUCUCUCAGCAGUACCUCACGCUUCAAGAUGGGUUCUACUACUGAACAUGUAUUAUACAAUAGAUAUAAUACCAAUAAAUGUAUAAAACAUUCACCUCCAACAUUGAGAAACCUUUGUUUACGUUUCCCACCCCAGGAACUUUAUUAAUAAGAUUAGAGUGACGAAGCUCCCGGUGAGCCCAAUAAAUUCCAAUAAAAGUUUCGCAGCGUUGUAUAUGUGUCUGUUUUAUACUCAAGAUGGGUGCGUCUUCUCUACAGUGCUCCACACACGUGAUAAAAGGUGCUUUCUCUGAGCAUCCCCUGCACACUUCAUGAUGGGUGCUAC